AUGAACGACCAACCGAACCAACAGGAAUACCCAGCAGAUUUUGUGGCUUGGGAUGAUUGGCUACACCCAGACCCGGAAGAGGGGGACGGGGCGCAAGAUGCAAUUUCGUUCGGAAGUUGGCGAACUUGUGAAACUUUCCAGGGUUACACAGCAUGUGGCAAUUCCAUCUCAUUUCCCGGGUACGCAAUUACUCCAGAGGAUGCUGAUAAAUGCCUAGGCUUCUCAAUGUCGACUCCAUUGGAUGAUGGCUCUCCAGAAGCCUCAAUGUUCACGUCAUUGGAGGAUGCAAACGUGCUAGGCGAGUCUCAACGGCUAGAGCAGCUUGCUCUAGACCGCCCUCAAACUUCUCAUUAUCCUUACAUCCGCAUCACCUAUCUAAGAAAAACAUGUGCAACUUGUCAGGCGCCGCUUAGUCCACGAAACAGCGACCUCGAUAUCGAGCGUCCUGCUUGUACCAAGAAUAACCUUGAAAGCCACGAACAAUUGAUUUGCUCUGGGUGCGGGGAAAAGUUCAAAGAUGUUUCCAACUUGAAAUCACACUGGUCAAAAUCUUGUGUUGAUGGGUACAAGUCUUUCGUUUGCACAUACCCAGACUGUACAAGACCUGUUUACGCCGAGAAUUCUCAUUGGAAGACUUGGCACAACGCCGUGACCUGGUUGUGUGCUGAAUGCCGCAACAGCUUUGCUACUCGGGAAGAAUUAGAGAUCCAUAACAAAUUGGAAACUCAUUUUGGAUUUGCUUGUCGCUUUCCUGGAUGUAAAUGCACAACUCUUCGAUUCAACGAACUUGCUCGCCAUCAACUAGUCCACCUCGAGAACACUACUCGAUAUUCCUGCUCUCAUUGCCGAAAAUAUCAAGGCAACAAAGGCUUCAAGCGCAAAGACCACUUGCGUCAACACAUCCGUGAUUAUCACCACAUUGAUGAGGCCAUAACGGCUACCGAACAAGAACAAGUUCCUACUGUCUUCAACUGCCCACGGGAAGGAUGCGACCGAAUCGACAUGAACGGGUUUGAGAGUAAGAAGCUACUGACCGUUCAUCUCAAAAAGGAUCAUCCAUCCCCAUUUCAAUGUCCUGAACCUGGAUGCCAUCGCAUAGGUAUCAAUGGCUGGCUGAGGGGGACGGACAUGAUCAAGCAUACGAAGAAGGCACACCCCAAGGUGUAG